UUGAUAACAUAGAACACUGAAGCUAAUGUCUUCAGUGUAAAUGGGUGUAAAUGGGUUUCAGUAAUGUAAAGGAAAUGAGAUUAGCAGUAAAAGGGUUAAAGAGUGAUAAGAUGCUGCUAUAAUCCUUUAAAUAACUGGACAAUCAGUGGUACACGGUGAGCGUAGCAUCACUUUCAUGAUGUUAUGCCAGAAAAGUGGAAGUGUUUCAAUCAGUGCUGCACAUUCCUGAAUCAUUCUGUGUCUUUAAAAGCAGAUUAGUGCUUAGUGGAGCACAGACGGAUGCCGUUUGCUGUAGUGUACACGUAUUGAUCCGAUUGUUGACCAUGAGCUAAUACUUGUGUCUCUGUUUUGCCGUUGGCUGCAGUCGAUGCAGUCUUCCAGAGGCUCUCCCUUCUCUGUGGCUGAGAAACAACCAGCAUCAGCAGCAUGUCCCGCGUCUCCUCCACCGCCAAGCGCUACACCAGCCCCUCCUCCUACACCAGCCCCUCCUCCUACACCAGCCCCUCCUCCUACACCAGCCCCUCCUCCUACACCAGCCCCUACAGCUCCUACAGCUCCUCCCUGACGCCGGGCCUCAGCUCCUACAGCGAGCGAGACCGGCUGUCCUCCUACAGGUCGCCCACCUCCACCUCCUCCAUCACCUCCUCCUCAGGUUACUCCUCCUCCAGCUAUCUGAGCAGCUCCGCCGCCCGCAGCCGCAACUACAGCACCUCCUCCUCAGACCCAGACCGAGGUCGGACCGUCCCGCGCACCGACAUCCUCGGAAGCAGCAGCAGCCGGCGGAGCGAGAGCCUCAGCAGAACCCCCGUCAGGAGCUAUGGAGGCUCGGGGCUGAGCGGUGGGUCGGCCUACACCGGCUACAGUUCCUACUCUCCCUCUUCCUCGGCCCAGUCCAGCUACCUCUCCUCCUCCUCCUCAUCCUCAUCGGUGGCCUCCAGCAUCGCGCUCAGCCGACGGAAAUCCGUGUCCCAGAGUGACUUGACCAGGGACCUGGCCUCCCUGGGCCUCAGCGAUGCCUCCUCUUCUUCCACCAGUGCCCUGCGGAGCUACCGCAGUCGGGCCACCGACGUGGCCAACUCCUACGGCACCGGAUCCCGCCCGGGCUACUCGGGCCUGCCGCGGAGCUCCACCCAGGAGGCCUUCAGCAGCAGCAGCAGAGGGAUCAGCUCUUCGUCGUGGGAGCCGAGCAGUAACAGGCUGUCCGACUCCUCCACCAGGGACUCCACGGUAAGACCACGUCCUCUGAUCUUACACAUGCUUAUUGGGGGAUUCAUGUCCAGGUGUUUCUUCAUUUCUUUAGUUUCACACACACAGAGAAGCCCAACAAUGCUUUGAGGCUUCUGAGAGUUCUGGCUUUUACCAGACGAGGGCUCUAUUGUUCAAAUUAAUUUGGUUUGUUUCACAAUAAUAUGCCAGACAUUUCGCUCUCAUAAAAAUGACUCAUACGUCAAGACAUCUCACAAGUUGCCUUAUUUUUCUCUUGAUAUCUUAUUCUAACCGGAGGUCAUUAUUCCAGUAAGUAGCUCAAUGGUUAUGUGACAAACCAGCAUGGACACCUGACCCUCUGUCUGACCCAUCAGUCAGCUAUAGCUUGCACCUCUCAGAUGAGCCGGGUCUGCAGGCCACCGUCCUCAUCUCUAAACUCAGUAAGAAUGACCCAAGCGUCCACGUCAGAAAGCACAACUGACCCACUUCCUCCUCAGGAUUAGUCCAGAUAAGCGCUUACAUGA